UUCUUCCUGGUCCCCGGGCUGGCCUUGCCUUGCCUGCUCUUGUCCCUGCUCUGCGCUCUUCUCUUCCCUCUGUCUCUCCCUCUCCCUCUCACCGUCGCCCUUCUUCCUCUCUUUCCUCUCUGUGUGGUUCCAAUCCUCUUCUUUGGCCCGAUUGCUGUCGCAGAGCUCGUCAUCUCAUGGUCGGGAAACGCUUUUUAUUGUUUCUGCGCGACGAGCAUGCGACGUGCUCCAGUUUGAUACCCAUAGCCGAAGGUUUGGUUUAGGUUUUGCGUGGGAUUUGUGUGAGGAUCAUCCACAUCGCUCCGGAGAGAGGAAGAGAGAAGUUGUGGUGUCGGAAUUCGAGAGCGCAGAGCGGGAGAGACAGGUAGACAGCCAGUUCUGAAAUUUGAUCCCGGAUUAGACAGGGAAGAGUUCACGCGAGGUUGGUUUGGUCAUCUGGCUCGUGUCGUCUUGGUUGACUGACAGAUGCUCCGCCUUUUCGUCCUCCAUUUGCCGAUAGCCUUGGUCGGCAUUUUCUGCUGCCGAGAGCCUCUCCUCUAUUGUGGAGACAUGCCGUCCGAAGGAGAGUUUGGUGAACUCUGAAGAAAUCAUCAAACUCCUAGUGUUAUUUUUCGUCACAUCCUCUCGGUCAUCGCAGAGGUGGAAGGUUACUGCCUCGUUCUGGACCGUAGGAACUGUCGGGGCGUCCGAUCAUAGCUACUCAUUGGGAGGUCAGAGUAAGAUUGAAACCAACGAUUUGAAGGACUCACCUUUGAUCACCUCGAAAACAAGGACCAGCUUAAGGACAUGGCUACCAACGAGAACUUACCACCGAAGGUGAUCAAAGAGCUCGCAAGAGAGUUGAAGAGUCUGGAUGAAAGUCCUCCGGAGGAUAUUCGAGUCAUAGUGAAUGAGGACAACUUUUCAAACAUAUAUGCGGAUAUAGAAGGGCCUCAUGGUACACCUUAUGAAGGUGGUGUGUUUCGCAUGAAACUUAUACUGAAUCAGGACUUUCCUCAGACGCCUCCGAAAGGUUACUUUGUGACAAGAAUCUUUCAUCCAAAUAUCGCUAAGAAUGGAGAAAUUUGUGUCAAUACACUGAAGAAGGACUGGAAGCCAACUCUAGGUCUACGGCAUGUCUUGCUUGUGGUAAGGUGCUUGUUAAUAGAACCUUUUCCAGAGUCUGCACUGAACGAAGAAGCAGGAAAAAUGUUGAUGGAGGACUACGAUGGUUAUGCCAAACACGCUAGGCUUAUGACAAGCAUCCACGCCAUGAAGCCAAAGCCUAAGGUCAAAGUUGCGAUUGCUGAAUCAACAAGCGUGAACGCAGCUUCUGUGGACCCUGAUACGAUGGGUCACACUCCUCUUAUGCACAACACAGCAAACAAAGACCAUUCACUAGAAGGUGGAUUGAGUGUGGUAGGCCCCGACGCUAUAGCCGCUUGCACCUCACCAAGUGCCAAGAAGCCAAAAGAAGAUCUUGGAGCAGCCAAACCUGUUGUGGACAAAAAGAAGAUGGAUGUAAGAAAAAAGAGCCUGAAGAGGUUGUAGAACACUUUCUUUUUUCUUUAUUAAAACUUAGGUCUAAAAGGUCAGUCUAGCUUGCCUGAGGUAGGUCCUACUUUAUGUGUUUGUGAUGUUUGUUCCCUUUUUUCGUGCUCUCCUGAGUUCACGCUAGAAUGGUGGGAGCAGCACCUUGUAAAUCGAUUGUGUAUUUGCUAGUUUCCAAGAGAAUUCCAUCUCUUGGCUCUUGAAAGCAGGUGGGUUCGUGUUCAUCUGAGUAUGUCAGAGUGGACUGUGGUGGUACUCACUUCCUUUCUCUUGUAAAGCUUUUAUGCCGCAAUUAUUUUCAAAAUUCAGGCCCUUCGCAUGGCUCUGCUUGGUUUAGCCAGCGUUGAAACCUUA